ACGCGCGGGAAAAGAGCUUUUAUCUACGCGAACUACGUAAAAAAAUACGACGUACAAAAUGAAAUGAGAUUACAUUUUACGUUCCGUUCCCCGUUCAGACUUCAGUCGCGAAGCGGACGCCGUUUGAGACGCAUGUAGCGUGAGUUGGCUGCCAUUGGACCCGAAUGUUUACGCGAUCGUGAAGUUCAGACUUCGAAGUUUGAGUUAACAAAAUUAAAACUUUUAAUGACCGUUUGUCAUUUUAUGGCUAUACGCAGUGUAAAUAGUGAUAAUUAAAGUUUACAAAAUGGACAAAAACAAUAUGAACCCUUCGUCUCCACCGAAGACCAAAGUGAAAAAGGAAAAUGAAGAAGAAAUCAAGGAGUUUGCAGAAACCGCCAUGAACGAGUUGCUAGGCUGGUACGGUUACGAGCGGCUGGAACUGCGGCGCUGGGCGGCGUCUCGCGCGAGGGACGGCAGCCCCGAGCAGGCGGACCAGAAAGGCAAGGACGAGUGCUCAUGGUGCAACAAGAGCGUAGGCAGCGAGAGCGGCGCGCUGCAGCAGGCGGGCGCGGUGUUCUGCUCCGAGCUGUGCUUCAGCCAGUCGCGCCGCGCCAACUUCAAGCGCGCCAAGACCUGCGACUGGUGCCGGCACGUGCGACACACCGUGGCGUACGUGGACUUCCAGGAUGGCGCCACACAGCUGCAGUUCUGUUCCGACAAAUGCCUCAACCAGUACAAGAUGCACAUCUUCUGUCGAGAGACGCAGGCGCAUCUUGACCUCAACCCACACCUGGUGAACGCCUCUUCCUCCUCCAGCCUCAUAACCCCGGAUCUCUGGCUUAAAAAUUGCAAGAGCAGAUCCUCGUCACCUAAAUCUGAACGUUCCGGAUCGCCGAGCGUCGAGAAAACGCAAAACACCCAUUCAGAAAAACCAGACCCACCACCAAACCAAAGAAAAUCACCCCUGCCAUUAAUAACAAUAGCUCCGCCAGCAAAACUGAUGAACCCCAAGCCGUUGGACGAGAGACCGAUACAAAAGUCUCCUGAAGCCAAAAAGGAUACAAGGAACCUCAAAAUGAAUUUAAGAAAGCGUAGAACAUCAAAAUGUUCCGCUACAGUCACAUCUCAGAGCAUAAGACAGAAUUCAACGCCUAAAGCGCAGGAUGUAAGAAUGUGCAGCCCUUCUAUAGAUGGGUCGUCGCCAGCUUCAACCGUUACAGUUGGAAACAGCGCUAUACAUUCUCCCCCUAACCCAAUAAAUCAUGUGCCCCCAUUCCCAAACCCAAUGUUUGGCAUGCCACCUCCAGGUUUCAUGGAAAACCCUAAUGGGCACAUGAACGAUCCCAGGCAUCCAAUGUUUGCGCCGAGGCUCGGCUUCAUGCCUCCCCCUCCAGGGAUGAUGCAUCAAGAAAGACCUAGAAUGUUCCCCCAAUUUCCACCACAAAUAAGUGCAAUAGGCCAAGCUCCUCCUGUCACAGUUCUCGUUCCGUACCCAGUAAUUUUACCGAUACCACUUCCUAUACCAAUUCCGAUACCAUUAACUACGUUCCUCCAAGCACAUCGUUCCAACAAAGUCAAAACUGAAGUCAGCAACGACGAUGCAGAAGGUCCAUUAGAUUUUACUAUAAAUAGUGAUAAAAAUAAAACUGCCCCAGCGAAGGAACCGACUGAAGUUGUUGAAAACAAUGACCCAGAGGCUCCUGAUAGGAGUAAUUACGAACCAAACAAAGAUAUCCACGAGAGAAUAGAAGCCGAUUCACCGAUGGAAGCUAUUCCUGAAGUAGGUAACCCAGAACAGACUUUACCGAAAUUCAAAAUCACGAGACUAGGUAAUAAAAUGGCAAAAAUCGUAGCAAAAACCCGUGAAACUGCGGAGUCGUCGAGACCUUUAAGAAAACGACGGAGACUGGUUGAAGUUUCCACCGACGACGACCAGAUGAUGUCGAAAACUAGGAAAAUUGUGCAGGUUUAAAAAACAGUUACUCGUAACAUGGUAAAAAUGCGUUAAACCGUCUUUUGAUGCUCUGUAACUUGACGACAAUUAUUGACACGUUUUGAAAUCCUAUUAAAAUUGACGUCACAAAAUAUAUAAUUACGAGUUAUCAUAUACGUGCAUAAAAAAUCAUUGCCCAGAGACUUAUAAAGAGUGGAUUUUCAUGUAAUACCACCAAGGAGUAGGUAUACAGUUGAGUUUACUUGAAAACUUGAUCUAUAACCUAUUUAAAUAAUCCCUUUAAUAUAUUUCCAAACAUAUCACUAAGCAUGAUUAUUCGAACAGAGUUCAUUUUUGGGUAGGUUUACCUAUUUUCAAUUUGCUAGUCCUAGAUGUGUAAGAUAAUGACUUAUCUGUAAUAAGCUAUAAUAAUAAGUCUUAGUAAAUUAAUUAAGAUAAUGCUGUAAAUGUGAUAUUACUUAGUAACAACAUUAUUCAAUGUGAAAUAAUAAAUUUUAAAAUAUGUAA